GCCGGCUGCGGGGCGGCGGGAGGCAGCCCGGCGCGGAGCGGCGUGCGCACAGGCGGCCGAGGGCGGCGAGCGCGGCCGGUUUAUCAAUAUACAGUCCACACUGGUUUCAUAUGGGACAAGGAGGCAAGCACACGGAGAACAUCAGUAGAUACGACGCAGACAAGCAAGAAAGAAAAAUUACGGACAAAAAAACAAAGCAGUUUCUAAAAAAUCAGAUCAUGCUCUUCAAAAUAAUACCAUAAAGGCUCAUCAUUUUAAUCAAUUACUGAUUACACCUUGGGGACUUUACACCGAUUCCACUUGAUGCUGCUUUUAAAAUGGGAAAGAAAAAGGUACAUUUUGGCAAAGAUGCGCAGUGUUAAUUUGUCUCUGUCAUGCUCUGCCUAACGUGCUCCUCGAUGUCAGGAGGAGCAGCUGUGGCUGCUUCUCACCCAGGGCCAUCCUGAGGGCUCAGCAUCCCAACUGCCUCCACUCAGCACCUGCCUCGUGCCCGAGCAGCAGACAGCGACACGAAAUAAAAGAAAAUUCCAAGAAAUGGAAGCCACUGCUAGUAAAAGAAGAAAAGCUGAGUAUCAUCAGGGUUUAUAGCUCCUAUUUGAGAUCCAUGAAUGAUUACAGAGUUACUUCUCUAUAUCGAACUUUCAAGCUUCAUUAAUAAUAUGCUGCCUCUCUGGGACACAGGGGCACCCAUGGUACAAAGGAUAUUUAUUCAUCAUAUGGAAUAGAAGAGAUAGAGGAACAAUGGCUUCAAAGGUCUCAUGCUUAUACAUUUUGACAGUAGUAUGUUGGGCAAGUGCUCUUUGGUACUUAAGUAUAACUCGCCCUACUUCUUCCUACACUGGCCACAGACAGCUCAGUAGUAUAUCUAUAGCCAGAAAAAAUGUUUCCUUUGGCAACAUAAGAACUCGACCUAUAAAUCCACAUUCUUUUGACUUUCUUAUCAAUGAACCCAACAAAUGCGAGAAGAGUGUCCCUUUCUUGGUCAUUCUCAUCAGCACGACUCACAAAGAGUUUGAUGCCAGGCAAGCCAUUCGAGAAACUUGGGGAGAUGAAAACAACUUUAAAGGAAUUAAAAUUGCCACGCUAUUUCUUCUUGGAAAAAAUGCAGAUCCCGUGUUAAAUCAAAUGGUAGAGCAAGAAAGCCAAAUUUUUCACGACAUUAUUGUGGAGGAUUUUAUUGACUCUUAUCAUAAUCUCACUCUGAAAACACUGAUGGGGAUGAGGUGGGUAGCAACGUUUUGUUCAAAAGCAAAGUAUGUUAUGAAGACAGACAGCGAUAUUUUUGUAAAUAUGGAUAAUCUUAUUUAUAAGCUGCUCAAGCCUAACACUAAGCCAAGGAGAAGGUACUUCACAGGUUACGUUAUAAACGGAGGACCAAUACGAGAUGUGCGCAGUAAAUGGUACAUGCCAAGAGAUUUGUAUCCCGACAGCAACUAUCCACCCUUCUGUUCAGGCACUGGCUACAUAUUUUCAGCUGAUGUAGCAGAAAUGAUUUAUAAAACCUCCCUUCAUACCAGACUUCUUCAUCUUGAAGAUGUGUAUGUCGGACUCUGUCUUCGGAAGCUGGGCAUUCACCCCUUCCAAAACAGUGGCUUCAAUCACUGGAAAAUGGCUUACAGCUUGUGUAGGUACCGCAGGGUGAUCACAGUGCACCAGAUAACACCAGAAGAAAUGCACAGAAUUUGGAAUGACAUGUCCAGCAAGAAACACCUCAGAUGUUAAAGUUUUUACAGAUGUAAAUACCUUUUUUAAAAUUCUGGUUUAGUGGUUUUUGACCAAGCAAUCUGCUGAUUUACAGGUUAAACUGUGGGAUAUAACUGUGAGAGGAUUUUUAAUGACUGAUUUUUCAUUCUUAUUUUGAAUACUGGUUUACCGACUUCAGUCUCUUUUCAUAAGGACACUACACCAACCGGAAGGAUCUAGAGUCAAAUAUCAGAUUUUGUAUACUAUCCUCUAUCACAGCUAUCAGUUCCAGCAUCUGUAUGUAAAAGGAGAAACCAUCAUGAGCUGCUUACCAAUUCAUGCCCCAGCCUCUGAGAUAAGACUCUAGCCCUAAGAAAUUAAUUAUAAGUAUACUUUUAUUCCUUUUUUGACACCCUACAACCAUCUCUGUGUAGAGCCUUGUUAAUAAAUUGAGUGGUAUACACGUGCACUGACCUUUUACACCUAUCUUGACAUACAUAAUUUAUAGUACAAUGUGUGCAAUUCCCAAAAAGCUUACUGAUGGUAUAACAGCAGAAUUUAGACAGUUAAGAACAAAGUCACAUAGGCCUUAGAAACAAACCCACACACUGAAUUGUAUUUUUAUCCACCAAAUUGUAUUCCUUUACAUUAUUUCAGAAGAUACUCCAUUUCUUUCCACUGCCUAAAUAGCCCGUAAAAGAUCUAAUACAAUUUAAUAUGAAGUAGAAUCUGUAGGUGAAAUAAGACAGGAGAGAUGUAUGAAAAACUAUCUUAAAUAUACAUUAUAGAAGUAUGAAUAUCCUUUAACUUUUCAUUUUAAAGCAAGUGCAAUGUUUCUCGUUAGCAUCAGUGGAUCUCUCCAUCAAGUGUCUUGUAUAACAAUAUAUAUAAAAUGAAGACUGUCAAUAAGCAGCAUAUUUCUUCAACAUCAGUCAAUACACUAUUCACCUAAAUAAGUAACAUGAGCAGCUUUUUAAAGGUAACAUCUAUUUUUUGCUACAGUACAUAUUAAGGAAAAAUAUAAAUUCAGGCCAUCACUAUUCAGCAUCACCUUCUAGCAUGGAACUAAAAUAUGACAUUGCUCAGCUAAUAACUUGAAAUGAAGAAUUCACAGACAAGUUAUAGAUAUGAAACUCAACAAACAAGCUGCAGAUUAUUCACACCAUCCACAGCACACAAAGUCUAAUUCAUUUCAGCUGGUGUUACGUGUAACAUAUAAAAAAACUGUUACAUCUGUACAUUAUUCAGGACGUCUAUAAAGUUGUCUGAAAUUAACUGAAUAAGAAUUUAAAGGAAAACUCUGACCUGACUUUGCCACAGAUGUACAUAGCACUUCACGACAGUAACAGAGGAAUGAAGAUGCUACCCCAAAAGGUUUGCAGUUUCAUGACACAUUGCUAGGCAACACUGUUUUUGAAAGGAACUACUUGUAAAUAAGGCAAAAUGUACCUGGCCUUCAAGUCACAAACAGCAGAAAGUGUCUCAAACCUGCUUCAGAUCUAAAGGUAAAGCUACACAACAGAUAACCCAGGAGC